CCGACGUCGUUCUCCCCAACGUUUUCAGCCGCAAAAGACCAGAUAACGAUGCGCCUCAACCUGGUUAUCGCAUUCUUUGCGCUCUUCAGUGGCAUUCCUGUCUUCGCACAGUCCGGAACCAGCACGUUGUCUGGUGUUAGCCCAUCGACCAGUGGCAGCUCCAUCGCCCCUUCUGCUACCUUCAGUUCCAGCAGCGUGGUAUCGCUGCCUAUCCCGACACUCCACUCACUUUCAUCGAGCUCGACGGGCUCCCUCCCGACCGGCAUCCUGCCUUCUGGAUCUUCAUCUUCUCUUCCCGCGUCGAGCACAUCCAGCCUCGGCAGUAUCACUAUCACUAGUGGUUCUGCCUCCAACAUCGGAACGUCCAGCAGCGGAAGCGCUCCUGGGGUGUCCAUCCCAAUCAGCGGCAUCCUGCCUAGCACCGUCCCGACUACGACACCCACAGCCUCUACCACAGGCAGCGGCAGCUCUAACAGCGCUAACUCACGGCACAGUUGCAUGGUACCGGGCUGGCGCACGAUCUUGCUUGGCGUGUUGGUCCUGGUGCUGGGAUGAAUGCAGCUUCACAAGGAAGCGAAAUGAUGCAUGCGGUCACGUCUCCACGACUCCAGGUUCACGAUAUGAGAUUGUCCACUGACAUGUGCACUACACUUCUGUCGCGACCCUGCGCCUGCUACAGCCCUCCAUACUUAGCUCUAUAAAGGCCGAGAAGAAGACAAACUCCAUCGUGAUUAUCAUUAUCGUGAUGCCCGCCUGUCAGUGUGCUCCCAGAGACACGCAUAGCCGAGUUUCGCGGGAGCGGAUCAGUUGAGCUUGGAGGAAAGGAAACGCACGUCAUAGUAGAGUAGGCCCGCAAUAAUGGCUCGUGCGGAUAGGUUCGUAACACAGGUCUGCGAAACCCCGCUUCGCCGUUCGUAACUUUGCGUCUGUCUACCGAUUCCAGAGGAUCGU